AUGGGUCAGCAAGGUUCGAAACCACCUGCAGAGAUACGUAUACUGAUACUUGGCCUUGAUGGGGCAGGUAAAUCAACUCUUCUCUACAAACUGAAGUAUAAUGAGGCAGUGGUCACUGUUCCCACCAUUGGAUUUAAUGUGGAGAUGAUUGAGACGGAGAAGAGGGCCACUACUCUGACGGUUUGGGAUGUUGGCGGGCAAACGAAAAUGAGGCCCCACUGGCAGCACUACUAUGAGGACACUGCUGGCCUCGUGUUUGUGGUGGACAGUUCCAAUAAGGGGCGUCUGGACGAGACCAAACGGGAGUUUGAACAUGUCCUGAAAAGUGAACACUUGAAGAGGAUUCCUGUAGUCAUUUUGGCCAACAAGCAGGAUGUGCCUGGCGCGGUCUCUGCCGCAGAGAUUACAGAGAUGCUCAACUUGAAAAAAACAUGCGGUGACCGGGACUGGUUUGUUCAGCCAUGCUCAGCCAGAACUGGAAUGGGGCUGGAGGAAGGAUUCAGGAGGAUGGUCCAUUUCGUCAAGACACCAUUGCUGUCAAUGGAUGACAACAUCAAAGACACAGUGAACCACCUCAAAUCCAAAACCAUUACAGCAGUGACAAUGAAACAAGGACAGAACUGUUGUUAG